GAAUUUCUCAAAGGAAUGGAGCGCCCUCAUGGCCCUACUGCGCAUGCUCGCCCCGUGACCCCAGCUUGAGGUGACGGCGGGAGCCUAGGCGGGGGCCCAAAAGCACUGAGGCUGAGGGACCCGCCACGGCUCCGUCGUCCGAGAGGGCAGGGCCUGCUGCCGUCGGACAGAGCCCCUGGACUCCCAGGUUCCUGGCCAGGGAGGUGGAGGAAAAGGAGAGACCUAUCUGCCAGGGCUCAAGGCCAGGCUGCUGGUUCUGGGAUGCCCCAGCCCAAGCCCAGUGAGCAAGAGGGUGAGAGCGUGAAGGGCGGCCAGGAGCCAACUCCCCAGCCUGGCAUGGAUGUGGUCCCAGCAGCCCCCAGGAAGCCCAGAAAAUGCUCCAAACUGGUCCUGCUGACAGCGUCCAAAGACAGCGCCAAAGUGGCUGGGGCCAAGCGCAAAGGAGUGCACUGCAUCAUGUCCCUGGGGGCACCAGGCCCUGCCACCCUGGCCAAGGCUCUCCUCAAGACUCAUCCUGAGGCUCAGCGGGCCAUUGAAGCAGCCCCCCAGGAGCCUGAGCAGAAGCGUAGCAAGCUGGACCCGGAUGGCCCAGAAGACAGCGGAUGGUCUGGGGUGUCUUCUUCAAGUCCCAAGGAGACCACUGUGCUCCCCAAGGCACCCAGCACUUCCCCAUAACCUUGGCAACUGCUGCAGCAUGUGUUGCUCACUGCAUCAGUUACUUUUAUAAGCAAGAGGGAAAAAGAGAGAAAAUAAAAGAAGCUGUAUGCUAUUU